AUAUAUAGGGAGACGGCAGUGCUUACUAUUUCUCAGUUUAUUUUUGAUUAAUCAGAUGACACAGACAUUAUUCACCAAGCAUUUUAUUUGUAUCAAACUGAGAUACAAAAUGUUUCAUCCAAAGUUAGUGGUCUUGAUUCUUUCAAGUUCAGUAUUAUCUUGCCUAGCAGGAGAUAUAGUGAUAACUGCGAAAGAGGACCAUUGUAGAACAUUUACUUCGUGUUCCUCGUGUAUAUCACAGAACAUUUGCACAUGGUGUGUCACUAAAAGUUUAUGUACGAAACAACUUUGCGGCAACGACAACGUAAUAUAUCCGUCGCAAAUUCCUGCUCUUAUGUCUGGACCAGACUUUUGCCCUCGAGUUGCAGAAAAGAAAGAACUAACAUUUGCAAGCGGUCAAAAAGAUAUCAUAACUGUAAAAAUAACACAAAUAUAUCUUUAUAUGGCGUUCACACCUUGGAAGUGCGAGAUUGAUUUAAACGGCGAAGAUAUUGUACUGCCGGCGGUGUUGAUUGGGGAUACUGUUUUCUGCGAGUCAUUUGAAAUGACAAACAAAUCGGAGAACCCAUAUGUUGAAGGUAAUGUAAAGGUUUUAUGGAAUUACAAUAAGGCUUUCGACGGAUCACUACCUUUUAAAGUUUGCCGAUGCGAUUUGGAGCCGAAUUGUGUCGCUUGUAAGAACGGUGAAAAAUAGAGGAUUGUACAGCGACUAAAGAAAUAAAACGAUUUGUGAACAGAGCUGCCUUCAUUGAAAAAAGUUUUUCACAGAAACGAAAAGAGAGCAACGGAACAAUACGUUAAAGUAAUACUUUAUUCUUGUGAAAUUGAGAUUAAAUAUUAUUUGUAUACA